AUGGAGACCCCCUCUGGCCUGCGUCGGAAGGACACCACCAAGGGACCUCCUCUACGCAUACUAUCAUUAGAUGGCGGCGGAGUAAGAGGAUACUCGAUGCUCAUUAUCCUACAAGAGCUCAUGUACCGGACCUAUGUCGAAUGCGAAGGCAAGGCCCCCCGCCGCGACCAGAUCCCCAAGCCAUGCGAGCACUUUGACCUGAUAGCGGGCACUGGCACCGGCGGGCUCAUCGCUCUCAUGCUGGGCCGUCUGCGCAUGGACAUCGAGACCUGUAAGGAAGUGUACAUCCGGAUGACUCGGCGGGUGUUUGAGACGGACAAGACGAUCGCCGGCAUACCGUACCGCACCACGCUGUUCAAGGCCUCGAGGCUGGAAGAUGCGAUACGCCAGUGCGUGCGAGACCAUACGGUGGACGAGGAGGAAGGCAACGACGGGACGACGGCUGCGAGUGUGAAUCCUUUUAUGCGGAGCGGCUAUGUGGGUUCGACGGCGACGCUGCAGCGCAGGCUGAGUCGGUCAAGCAUUAGCACGACCACCACCUCCGUGCCUACGUCGCCGGUGAGCAAUCGAGGGCCCGCACUGGGACAUGUCUGGGGGGAUCCGAAUGCGAAGCUCUACGAUAACAGGGAGAACCGUACCAAGACUGCCGUGACGGCCGUGUACAAAGGGACGCCAAAGAACGGCUCUUCCGUCCUUCUACGCUCCUACGAUUCACGCCGUGAACCUCCUCCGGAGUUCAACUGCACGAUCUGGCAGGCCGGACGUGCGACCUCGGCCACCGGACUGGCCUUCAAGCCCAUCCAGAUCGGACAGCACAUCUUCCUGGACGAAGGGGUGGGCAAAUACAACCCCAGCCCCCAGAUACUCGACGAGGCGGUCGUCAACGAGUGGCCCGGCCGUGAAGUCGGCGUCUUCGUCAGCCUGGGCACGGGCAAACGACCGCAGGGCAUGACGGCGCCGGCUCACGAGUGGUGGGAGGACGUCUUUCGAGACUCGCUGGGCAACUUUGCCGAAGCGAGGAGACGGCUGAUUGCAAAGAUCGAGGGCUGCGAGACGACGCACCAGUUCAUGGUGAAGGACCAUCUGGUGAAGCGUAACGUGCCGCGGGAGGUCUACUACCGCUUCAACGUCGAGGUGGGCGUGGGCGAGUUUGGGAUGAACGAAUGGAGCCGGCUGGCAGAGAUCAGCACCAACACCCGCAUGUACCUGGCGAAGAACGAGGUGCAGCGGAUGAACUACGACGCUGCCGUCCGGCUGGCGAGGAUCGACCGCAUGCAUCGCCGCCUGGAGGCUCGCUCUGCUGCCUUUGCGGCGGGCGAGACGCUGGAGGAGCGCAAGAACCGGCCUGUUCCCCCUAUCCCCCAGCCGCCAUCACCGUCAAGGAAGGACGAGGACGAGAACGAGAACAAGAACGUCUUUGAGCUGCCUGCCAUCGAGCUGCCGGCCGACGAGCACCUCCAGCAGAACCAGCAGCAGCAUCCGCGGCCAGGCACGUCGCAGAGCUCAACGGCGGUCAGCUUCGCCUCCCACGACGACAAGUUCACCGUCCUCCCUUCAGCCGACGGCGACGGGCUAGGCCUGCCUGAGCCCAUCUCUGGCCGUUGCAGCUCCGAGGCCCUGCCCGCCUCGCCCGCCCGUCAGAGCCAGGACAGAAGACCGUCGUCAUCCCAUCAUGGUGACAGCGUUGACGUACAGCCGGCGCGCCCUGCACAACAACCGCCGCCCUUACCGCCCAAGACGCCCAUCCCUUACCCCGUCAGCAGCGAGGACGUCCAUGCGGCCGCCGUGUCGAUGCCCUCGCUGCCUCCGCGCAGCCCAGACAGGCCCGUCUCCGUCUUUGGCUCGCCCCGGAAGUACAGGCUGCCCUACCCAGACGACGGGCCGCCGCCAGUCAACCGCACCAGGAAGCCUACCUAUAAGUAG